AUACUACCACGUACCUGCGGAAAAAGGAAGGCAAAUACCAGGUUUCAGGGGGUCAUUUUAGGAUCAACGUUAUGGAACAAAACGGUAACCAGAAUUUACCACCAGUAACAUUUUGUCGGACAGGAUGUGGUUUCUAUGGUAACCCAGCAUUUGAUGGCUUGUGUUCAAAGUGUUACAAAGAUGCAUUAAAACGAAAGAACAAUUCUUCUUCUCCUGUCAGUGGUAGAUUAAGCCCAGUAUCGCCAGGUGAGAAGGAGUCGUCAGUGAGCAGCGUAACCUCGACGCUGGCACAUGCAAGUCUAGGCACCAGUACCGAGUGUAGCACCACAAGUUCAAUCAGCAGCACUAUUGUGCCAAGUGGCACAUACGUAAGUGAAGUGGUGACAAGCACCACUCCAAGUGUGGAAACAGCCACCCCAACUGUAUCUAUACCCAGCGCCACAAGUCCAACUAAAGUGGAGCCAGAAACAGAAGAAGGGGCUGUCGGUGGUGCUGAAGUAGGAACGGAUUCCAGCUCUCAAUCAGAUGACGACAAGGAUAAAAAGCCCAAAAAGAAUCGCUGUCAUACUUGCAAAAAGAAGGUUGGACUUACAGGAUUUCCCUGUCGCUGUGGAGGACUAUACUGUAGUAUACAUAGAUAUUCAGAUAAACACGAGUGUAAAUUUAAUUACAAGGAAAUGGCGCAGGAGCACAUUCGCAAACACAAUCCAGUGAUCGUGGCCGAAAAAAUACAGAAAAUUUAAUGCAAAUACACAAUAAUGGAUUCAUUUGUUUAAAAAGAAAUAAAGAAAGACUUAUUAUUGAUACCUGUAUAUGUGUAGAAAACUAUAUAUGGAUAUCUUUUGAUGAGUUGACAGUGAAUGUUGAAGUUGCUAGAAAUAAAGUUUACUGGAUUACUUUAUGUGGCAAGAUUUUGAUGGCUUAUGCAAAACUAUAAAGAUUUCUUAGAUAUCGAUGACUGCAGAUAAUUUGGCUAAAAUACUUUGAAGUUUGAGUUCUUCUUGAAAAUGAAUGUUCUUAUGCUUAUUGUGUUCCAACAUAUUCAUAUUAAAGACUGUCAGUUGUUUCAUCAAAACUAGCUUCAAAUUGUUGAGCUAGGGUAAAAAUAUGCAAAGAAUCUUAGAAAUCAAAAUUUUCAGAAUAAUUUUAAAAAUUUAGAAUUUUCUGAUCAUUUUUUAGAGAAAAAAAUAUUUGAUUAUCUGAACAUAUCAAAUGCUGGACAAGUCCCAUUGAAACUUAGACUUUUGCACUUUUUGAAAAUCUGUAAAAAUCUUGGAUGAAAAAAAAUAUGUUGGAUUUGUCCUCAAAUAGCUACAGAUAAUAUUUUGUACCAGGAAACAUUAUUUUUGGCAACUAGCAGAUGUCACUGUCACAUGUAUGCUUAUUAUGUUAGAUGAAACUAGAGGCGUUUCCCCGAGUUAAAUGUGAGAGACUUCCUCAUUGUGAUAUCAGGUGUGUAGCUGGUUUAAACAGUCACCAUUAUGACAGUAUGCCAGGGAUUUUAAGGAAUAGUUCAGUAAGGAAUGAGAGACGGCAGCAUAGCCACUCGUCUGUACCAUUUUCAUGUGCUAUUGCAGAAAAGGCUCAGAGACAAUGAGUGGCUUGAUAGCCAGGAAAUCAGGUUUCAACCAUUAAACGUGUGUCUUACCUAAAACAUUAUUCAGCUUUGAACAGCUGUACAAUGUACAGUGCGCUUUUGUGACUGAAAACAGUUUUACCCAGCAAUAUUUGGGACUAGUGUUGGGUACAACAGAACAGAUUCGAAACUGAAUCCAUUUUAAUUGGAACAGUUUUUGACGGGAGCUUGUAUUGUCCUGGGGCAGACACAGACAGAUAAGGAAUGGUCCUUCAACAUGAGGAAUCGUACAGGGACAAGUUGUCCAGCACACUGUAUAAAAGAUUAAAAUAUUUCAAUAUUUUUUAUCAAUUAUGAAUAUAUCCUAACGAUACAGAUUUUAUUAAUACAAUAGUUUAAGAGAAGUUGCAAAAAGAUUUUUUUGUUAUGUUUGUUUGCUCUGUGAUUUUCACUGCAUUGUGAGUUCUAUAACUUCAUUUUGUUGUCAUAAAAUAUAUUUUUUCUCCAAUGAGAGUUUUUUUCUUGGGUGAGAAUUUUUUAUCUCCGUUUGCUUUCAAGAAAUCAUAGAUGCCCAUUCUACCACUAUCGCACAAUAGCCAUUAUAAAAGAUUUAUCAUGUGUUAAAGUUUAGUAUAUUAGAAUUUCCAUGUAAACACAGAUUUUCUGAUGGUUAAACUUGAUAAUCAAAAUUUCCCUCCUUAUUGGUUUCUUAUUAUUUUCUUUCUUUGCAUUCUGGAUUUCUCAAACCUAAAAUGUUGUAAACUUUCUCUUUUCUCGUGAAAUUUUAAAAGAAUAGUAAGACUGAUGCUAGUUAAGUUAUUACUAGCUCAUUAUUGAACUACACUUUUCCAGACGACAAUUAUUGUUUUUUCAAUUUCAGGGCUGAUGUGUAUCAUAGAAUGCGAAAUAUUGACUCCAAAUGAAAAAUUAUUCCUUGAAACCAUAUAUGUCGUAAAGUGUUACUAAAGUUUAUUAUGAAACUUGCGACAUGGGGAAAAUCAGCUUGGUUUGGUCAUAGAUGAUUUAAUCUUACCUUUUUUUAUCCAUUCUUACAAAAUUGUUCUAUUUAUUGGUGGGUGAUAUGACAUUUUACAGGCAGUAGUGGUAUCCAUCAAUUAAUUUUUAAGAUUGUGUUGAAAUGUAUAUUCAAAACUUCCGGUUCAGUGCAGGGAUUUUGCAAACAAGGUACAGGAUGUGAUGUUAGCUGAGAAUAGACAGCAGAAUUGAUUUAGGGUCCCUUCAAAUUCACCUAGAAAGGUAAAGAUUUUUAACACAAGUGUAGCUCUCAAAUAUAUUGUGUUCUGUAAAGCAAGACAGAAAUUAUAACCAAAUACAACAGUUGUGCCUGUAGUAGGCCUGCAAACUGUUUGGCUACUGUAAAUUUGACAUUUGGCCUUGGAUACUGAAAUAAGGCACAUUGUUUUACCUUACUUCUAUAAAUUCAUGUCGCAAAGUAAUUUGGUGAGCAGCUUUGGUUUUUGGGACUUUGAUAUUUGAGUUUAUGACUCUUACUUUUCCUUGGGGACAAACUCAGAUUUUAGAAACCCACUUUAUCUUAGAAGUAUCGAGAUUCUUCGAAAUUUUAAAAUUGGUGGUUUUGACAUGCCUGAAAAUUCCUAUAAAUAGUUGGGAUUAUUAAAGUCCAUGGGUAAAUCAUUAAGUGUUAAGUCUACUAAACAGUUAUAUAAAUGGAUGGGCUUAUUAAAAGGCACAAGCUUAUUGCCAGUAAUAACAGUAUAUCAUAUUUCUGCUAUUGAUCUGUCAUAUCACACCUGUAGAAAUCUUCAGUAUAAAUCAUUGGAUAGAUUGUUCACAUUUUAUUUUGUUUGUUUAAAAACCUUAUUAAGUUAUGAAUAAUUCAUGUUUAUUUCUAUAAUCUUAAAGUAAACUUGUAUAAACAAGAAUUUUAUUUUCAUUUUAUGUUUGUUAAGAGAUGAUGGGAUGAAUGACCAGUCAUUCUAAGAGUUUUUGUUAAGUAUGAUUUAUGAAUAUGAUUCUUGAAAUACUAAAUUGAAAAUUUUUUGUUUUGUUUUUUUUUUUUUUAAACAGGACCGUCAGUCUGUAACUGACAUUUAUCCUAAAUGAUGCAAUAUAGUGUUACAACUUCAUUGUUCUCUACACUUCAUAUUAAGUCUCCAAUGAAUACCAAUAAAAUGGUUUUAUUGCACUGAAGAUAGAUUUAGUGGCACUCUUGUUACAAUUUGUUAAUUCAAAAAUAACGAGAGAAAUAUGUCUGUCUGCUUUUCAAUGUUUAUAUUUAGAUCUAUCCGUGUGACAUUUUGCUUUCAUAACAUAAUGUAUUAUUUAUGAUUUUAACUGUUUCUAAGGAUAAUGCAUUUACUUUUGAAAUGUAUAUAUACUAGCAUGCAGUGGUAUCUUAAUCCUUACCAUACAUACAUAUAUCUUUUUUGCCUCUUCGAUAAACUUGUACAGAUACAUCACAUGGGAUUUCAAAAGUUUUUUUUUUUUGAGAAAAUGAUUUGUUAUGAAAUGGUAUGUGUAUUUGAUGUGGUAUUGUGUGGAAUGACUGAGUAGAAACCAGAUAUCUGCUUUUUAAAGGAUUCACAAUGAUAUGUAAUAGAAAUUGGAAAAUAUCCAGUAAGGUUUUAAUGUCACUUUCAAAAAUUAAUCAUGUUUAUAAAAUAACAUGUAGAAAUUGAAAUUGGCACAAAAUUAGAUAAUUUUCAAGUAAUUUCUGUAACAAUUAUCAAGUAAUUUCUCAUCUGUCCAAGGUCAAUAGAAUUUUAAGUAAGUUGAUGUUUAAUCCUCGUAGUAAACCAAGUUUUCAGUAUAAGGCUGGUGAAGGACUGAAAUUGAACUCUGUAGAUUUAGUAGGCUCUCUGACUACUGUUUUGUUAGUAAUAAUGUAUUCAUAGUUUUAGCCAGAUUCUCUUACAUAGUGGUUCUAGAAGUGCAUGGAAAAGAGUAAAAUUUUCGAAAGGGAGUUAACUCUUGGUAAUUAGCGUGAGUGUAAGUGCAAAAGUAUGGUCUGGCAUGUGAAAGUGUCAAAACAUAACUGUUCACAAAGUUAUAUAAGGAGCUGUUUUCCUAAUCAUUCUUCAUUGUGAUCACCACGGAAUAACCUUGAUCCUUUGAUCUUUCUGCUUUCACUUGAUUCUGUCAAAUUUCAAUUGAAAUCUCGUUCCCAUAAAUGAAAAAUGUUACCUACUUAAAACAUUUAGAAGGACAUAGACAUCGUACUAUAAAAAUAAGGUUCAAUUUUGGAAUUGUCUUAAAUAGACUUGUAAGUGCAAAAAGUUCAUGCAGAUUUAGACACUUAUAAGUUAUGUCAGACACCAAGACCUGUUGAUUUUCCUGGUGAUAGUUGUAAAAAAAUAUUGAAAGCAACACAAGGAAUGACUUCUUGAAUUUAAUGAGUUAUGUUGAAUCAAAAUUGUUUACCCAUGUUGCGUUUUUCAAAAGCAUGUUACAGGAAGCAUGAUACAAGAAUUAGUACAGGAUAUAUAAAGAUUAUAUUUUGAAAUAUGACAGAUUCUUGUGUGUUCACCCAUGCUUCUAUCAGGUAUCACAUGCUAUUUCAAAUUCAUUCAAUAUUUUUUGUUAUAUUUGUGGUUUAAAUGUUAAGUGAUUUUCACGUCAUAAAUCAUAUGCCAUUUACCUUUAUUUUUCUUUAAAAUAGAAAUUUAAGUGAGAAAUGAAAAUUAAAAUGAGAACUUUGAAGAGGAUUUAAGUGUAGUGUAUUUACAUUUCUACAAAGAUGUGAAAUUCAAAACCUGGAAAAACUCUGUGAAGUAAAUGGAUUGUACAGACUUGAAAAAUUAUGAUUGAUGUAAUCACUUAGAAAACCUGUCACCUUUAUAAUGAGUAUUUAUUUUAAAAAGAAAUUUAUGAUCCAGAAUAUGAUGUUAAAACUACAUAGCUGAAUAUGUAAAAAAUCAGGAAUUGAAUACUGUAACAGCUAUUAGUAUUUGUAUGAGAGAUACAGGCUAUGUGAUAUUGUCAGGUGUUUUCAUUUUGUGAAGUUUUCAUUCUAGCUAUACUAUGUUGAAUAAAUUGAUGUAACAAAUAAAACAAUUAAGCUUGA